AAAUACGUGAUUCACGAGGAUCACUUUUUGAGCAAACGUUCGAAAGUUCGUUUGACAGACAGUCGUUUAACUUUUUCACUAUAUUUCGUUCGUUUUUUGACACACGCCUCCGCGAGAUUAUCCGGAAUUCCGAUAAUUUAACACCAAAGUCCUGUGUGGGAUGCACGUUGCAGCCCAAACGCUGAACCAUGACCGCUGAAAAAGGUUGCAUAAACUGGCUAGCGAUCGGCUUUUCCUGCAUCGUUCACCUUCUCUUCCUGAUACCAGCUGUCUACAUCGUUGUCCUCUGUGCCCAGCUCGAUUAUUCACUCUUCAUUUGGCAUCCCGCAUGUUUCACGGUUGGGUGCUGUUUCCUGAUGACCGAGGCUGUCCUCGGGGUUUCCGGAGAGGCCGUACUCGUCAAGUUGAUGUCAAGACCAGGUCGCAUCAGGCUUCAUUGGGUCCUCCACAUCCUGGGUCUAGGGCUGCUGGCGGUUGGUCUUGGGACAGUCGUUGCCAACAAGAUGAACCACGGAUCCCACCACUUCAAAAGCGACCAUGCUCGCGUGGGCCUGGCGGGCCCCAUAUUGAGCGUUAUCGUAACCCUGAACGGUGUUCUGUGCCUGAACACAGAGGCCUGCUUCGGUAAGGUGAGCCUUGUGGCCCGGAAGGUGAUUCACAGUUGUUUGGGUAUUAUUACGAUGGCCCUGCUGUUGGCCGGGCAAAUAACCGGCGUCUAUAAAGGGUGGUGGCCGGGGACAGAGACUGGCAGAGAUUUAACCGUAGCCGCUUACAUCGCCGGCGGAGUUCUCCUCUGCGCCAAGCCCCUUUACACGACGUUAUUGAGGAUGCGGACAGCGAUAUGUUCUUGACUGCGGUCAUCGUAAUUCACACCUGUUUCAUCUACGUUCAAAUUAAUAAUACAAGAGAAUAUGAAUAAAAUAAAAAUUUUAUGCAAAAAUAUUGUUCUGAGUUUCGACCGUUUCGAAUUAAUAUUAACAUCGUUGAGCGAAAACCUGUACAGCACUUUGUGGCUGUUAUAUCGAGAUUCGAAGUAGUGACCACCGACCUGUUGGGCGUAAAUCGAUCUUGAAGAUUUGGAGAGGAUCCGAAAGUCCGUUGCGUGAAACGGCGGCACGGUUGCCCGUUGAAAAAAUCCAGAGAACAAUCCUCUUGUACUACAGAGCCUGAAUAUUUUAAACACAUAAUUAUAAAUUAUUGCACCUACAUUAAAGAUUCAUCGACCAUGUAUAUCAACACUUUAUUAACUUCACGAAUCAUUGAGGAUUAUAACGUAUACAUGUAAUAUAUAUUAUAUUAUAUGUUAUUCUUUUUCCAUAUAAUAUAGUACAUAUUUUUAUUAAUAUACAUAGAUAUACCUGUCUUUUCUUUGUAUAGUUCGUGUAAUAAAUACAGUGGUAGUGAUACAGUACAUUUUCCCUGUCUAAACUUGGUGGUUUCGUUUAUCAUUCUUUGCCUCUGCACCUCUAAUGGGAUUCGAUGGAACUCAUCAAAUGACUCAUAUACUCGUAUUGGCUGAAAUUAUCAUCGGAGCUCCUGCGGAAAAUUGUACAAAUUGAAAUGAAUGAAAGUAAUAAUUCAGGGAAAAAACUUGGAGAAAACUGCUUGGAUAAUU